GGACUCUAAUUCCGUAAUAUAUCACGGUACCUCGUAAAACCGACACUAAAACGUCCCGACCUACAAAUCACCCGGCCAAAUUAUGAGUUCAUUGUAUUAUGCGAAUGCUUUAUUUUCUAAAUAUCAAGCCGCAAGUUCGGUUUUCCCAUCCGGAGUCUUUCCCGAGCAAACUUCUUGCGCUUUCGCCUCCAACACCCAACGAGCGGGCUAUGGGGCCGGCUCCACGCCUCCCUUCGCCUCCUCCAUGCCCGGGCUGUACUCCAGCGGCAGCGCCGUGCACCCCCAACCCCCCGGCAUGUACUCCUCGGGGUACGGCCUGGAGCCCGGCUCCUUCAACAUGCACUGUUCCCCCUUUGAGCAAAACCUCUCCAUGAUGUGCCCGGGAGAUGCCUCCAAGCAGAACUGCAACAAAACGGACCAGAGGGAUUCAGAUUUGCAAAGCGACAGUAACUUCCGCAUCUACCCCUGGAUGAGGAGCACAGGCACGGAUAGGAAACGCGGCCGGCAAACCUACACCAGGUAUCAGACCCUGGAGCUGGAGAAGGAGUUCCACUACAACCGCUACCUGACGAGGAGGAGACGCAUUGAGAUCGCCCAUGCUCUGUGUCUCACGGAGAGACAGAUCAAAAUCUGGUUCCAGAACAGGCGCAUGAAGUGGAAAAAAGAAAAUAAAACUGCCUGCUCCGGCUCCAGCAGCCAGGAAAAGGCAGACGUGGAGGACGACGAGGAGGAAUGAAAAGGACAAAAGGUGGAUCCAGGAAACGUGAAAGCUCACGGGAAUAGGAAAAAGAAAGGGGAAAAAACCACCCAGAAAAGACUAUAUAGUAAAAAAAUCAACGUUAAGUGCAUAAAUAAUUAAAAACUUAGGAAUGAUACGUUGUGUUUCCUGACACUGAAAAAAAAAUACUACCUAUAUUGAAGUCUUUUUUUUUUUUUUUUUUUUGUACAAUAGAAUGAAUAUCUACCUAUUAAAUGUGGCUUUAGAGUCAGAAUAGACACCUUUUUUUUCUAUGUGAGUCUCCCUAUAGUCCAAGUAAUUUGUAAAUCUCCGUUUGUACUUCGCUGUGUACUUUUUUGGUAUGAAGUAACGUGGUCGUGUUUAGCACCUUUAAUUUAGAAGAUGUGACCUGAAAAUCUGAAUGCAAAUUAUACUUAGCGUAUAUAGAGUCCUGUACAUAAUAGGAAUUAUUAUUACGCCUUCUCCCUGUAACCUCUGUGGUUCUUUCCACGUUGCAAGGCUGUUUUGUCUGUGUAUAUUUUUACCCGGGUUUCCUCCUUGUUGAAUCCCUAGGAAAAAAAAAAACAAAAACAAAAGAAGAGGAAUUAAUAUUGUGCUACGUAAACUGUUGUAUAUCGAAGUAGCAAAGUAUUUAAUGGCGACGUGUUGCUUUUAAUUUUCCCCUCGUCUGUGUUGAUUAUUCUUCGAAAUAAAAAGGAAAUCUCCCAUCUUCUCGAA